GCACAACCGUAAACGCCGAUGCUGCUGCUUCAAUUCCGUGAAAGUUACCUUCUUCUACUUCAUGGUAGCGGCUAAAUGGAUUUUUUUUAGUAUCACUGAAGGCUACAGAAACAGAAAUAUGCUUCACGACGUACUAACUAACUUCUUUUGAGUACGGCACAAGAAAGCAAGACGAACAUGCAGAAGAUCCGCGAGGGUGUCUCCGAAAUUGUCGAGGGUUUGAAGAAGGAUUUAUUGCCACAACCCCGUCCCUUGCAGACGAUAAGUGGUGUGGACGGACGAUGGGGCUCCAGUGGGGAUGAAGAGAACAACUCUGCGACAGACUGGGGGUCAGGGAGCCCGGAGAAAAACUCUCUACCAGAUCUUCCCCUUGGUCGACCGGACCACCCGGGGCGCUAUGCAGUUGCAGCUCCACACAACUCGCAGCCAACUGCGUUCGCGCCACCACGUGGCGGCACGACCGCUAGCUCUGCGGGCCGGUCAAGUAGCUGGCGUGCUGCCUCAACAGGCGAGCAACCGGAGCCGAACGUAGCUCCGGCGGUGAUGGCAGACGGUUACGACCGGCACACCGCUCUGCUCAUCUACAGCAGCUCCCUGCAAGCCUGGUUCCCGGGUUUUGUCUACGACCGCACCCCGGAUGUUCUCUGCAUCCGCUUUGUGCUGCCCGCCACCGGAGAGCUGAAAGAGAAAAAACUGAGUCCGCACUCCAGUUGCAUUCGGAAAGCCAUUGACCCGCCCUUGUCCUCCGCCGGGAGCCUCGAACAGUACGCGACGCGCGUCGAGUCCCUGGUGCCGCCGGGAUUCACCAUGGUGGAGUCGCGCUCCACACGUGGCAAGCCCAGCUACCUGCAGACAGCCACUGGGGUUCGCUUCGCCUCGUUGAAUCUCGCGUGGGAGCAUCACUUCCGAGAAACCCUGCUUGGUGAACAAGAUUCUGCUGGUGGAGGUGCGACAGCGGCGGGACAUAUCACGACAAAUACCGCGACGCCGAUUUCCACGACCGGGCCGCCGCACCCACUAGUUACCGUGCCGUCGUUUGCCGCACCGAGCGGAUUAAGCGCCAAUGCAAUCGCUCAGUUGCCAUCGUUCGCACCAGGAGGAACUGGAGCUGCACUUACCGCAGCUAAUCAUUCGCCGGCUCAACAGCCUCCCGGAAGAGGGCUCAUGAUUGAGCAGCAGAGCAGCAGCACCCGACCACCUGUUCCAGGGCCCCUGGGCGAGCAACUUCAAUUACAGUUUACACAGCCGUCGAUAACAACUCGGCCUGCCGGGUUUUCUUGUGGCACCGAAGGAGCAACACUUAAUCCCGGCGGCCCGACGAGACCAAAUGCUGCGUCUACUCUGGGGGGUCCAGCACAACUACAGCAAGAUGACUUGCCGGCUUUCAGCCUUGGCGUCGACAACCAAGCUGCGUACCUCGCCGCGUGUGCCGCGCCCGCUGUGGAGCAGGCGCAAGCCACAACGCCGACCGAUAACAAAACGUAUCAAGAGACAACGAUUCCGGACGCAGAGCGGGAAAUGGCCAGCCAACGGCUGCUGCAGAAAAGUUUGGCCCGCGUCGAUGUGAAAAAACGAAGCCCAGGCGAAAGAGCGGCAACAAACCCGUUUGAGGGAUGGAACCCAAGCCCGGCAGCCGAUCAAUAUCCCCACCCGCUCGCGACGAUGCAAGCCGCUCCGGCUCUGCAAUCAGCAGGGCCGACAACAUCUUCGCAACCUCACGCUCCUCCUGGAGCCGCUCUCCUGCCGCUCCAUCGUCCCGGCCCGUCUCUACCAAGCUUUUCAGGACCGGGUGCGUCUUCUACUCCUGAGCGAGAUUUAUACCCAAAUGCGCUUGCGUCGCAGAAAUUCGCAGGAGUUGCGAAUGAAGCCGUCGUGCCGCGGGAUGUGACGUUGCCUGAUUUCAGUCGCGCGAGCAUGUUGCGGCGAAUGCAAGACGGCAGUGUUGCCUCACACACUGCAAGCAAAAUGGACGCCUUUGGCGCACCAGCGUUAAGUGAGCAUAGCAGCAUUCCCUGUGCAUACACACCUGAUGUGCCAUUUGGGGCGCACCCAGGCCCUGAACGCUUAGUGGCACUGCCACCACGAUAG